UGCGCAAAUCACUAUUUGUUCACUGAUCUAGCUAGUGCACCCGGCUGAGCUAGCUAGCACAACGAAGCGAGAGCACCGUGAAAGACUGAGCCUGAACUUGAAAAUGGCUGUGGAGACGAUACCGUCACGUUCAAGUAUGGAUCAUGACGCAGAGCUCAAACGUUUGGCCGCCGAGUUUGAUCGAGAUGACGUUUGGUCUCUUGUUCAGGAGCUGGGUCUUGAUGAGGAGACGAUUCGCAAUCUCCAAGAGAAACCAGGUUCCUCCAGCAUCACUGUUGAAACCUUGAUGCGGACAUGGAUAGAGCAGCAUUCCGACGGAAACGAUGGUCUGGAGACAUUGGAUAUUCUUGAAGAUAAACUGACGAAGUUUAAAAUACAGUCAACUGAAGCGGAUAAAGAUGCUGAAGCCACCUCUGAUGACGCAAAGGGUGGAAAGAAGAAGGGAAAGAAAGGUAUCAAGCGAUGGGGUAUCUUAGUCGGUCUCUUCUUUGUUUCUUUCAUCGAGGUUGGAUCAAUAAGAACAAUAUCACUCAUCCUGGAUGACCUCACUCGUCAGUUUGGUGUCAGCACGUCAUAUCUAGCUGCUAUAUACGGCGUCGUGUCUGGUAUAUAUACUAUCCUAGCUUUUCUGAACACACACCUGCUCCGAUGGUUCUCUGUUCGUCAGCUAACGAUGUUCGGCGGAGCUGUAUCAGCAGCAGGGCUCGCAUGUGCUUCCUUUACUCAAACGGCUCCUCAAGUUACUGGUGCUCUCAUAGCCUACGGUGCUGGUUACAUUUUCGUCAUUCUACCAACAUACACUUGUCUCAACAGCUACUUCUCCGAUCGGUUCGAAAUAGCUACAGGUAUCAUGACAUCGGGUGGAAGCACUGGAGUUAUGAUCAUGCCGUGGAUCUUUGAAAUCCUUCUUGACAUGUAUGGCUGGCGAGGUGCUAUCUUAUUACUUGGAGGAGUCAAUGCCCAUUUCCUCGUUAUUGGCGCGCUGUUAGAGCCAGUUCGUACCAAACCACUUCGCACCAAGAAAAAUUCAAAUGGGUCUAAAACCCUAAAGGACGUCGACUUUCAGGCACAUGAUAACAUCAGUUUCAAGCCUGAUUCAGCUGACGUCAAGGAAAGUAUAAACCCGUCGAUUCAGAGUAGUCAAGAGCUUGAGAUGGUUUGUCUAAAGGAUGAGGGCGCUGUUCAACGUCGUUCCCAUGCUGCUGAAAGUGAUGUUGAUGCCACCCCCGACGUUGCAACUGUAACCUCCAAAGAGCCAGAAGACGAAGUGGAUACAAGGAAUGUGGGCUGUCUUUGGAAGUGGCUCCGGAAAAUCAUCAAAUUUUCGGGCCUUCGCAUCUUCGGAGAACGUCCCCUAAUGAUCGUUGUCUGCUUCCAGAUACUCCUCUUCUCUCUACCGUACGCUACUUGGCUUCUAUUUACCAUCCCCAAUGCCCAAGCCAAAGGCCUCUCAGACUUCAGGUCCGCCCAAAUCUCACUCGCUGGUGGAAUUGCCAACUUCUUUGGCCGCUUCGCAAGUGGAUUCGUCUUCUCCAAGAAUAUUCUUCCAGUCGAAGUCUGGUACUUGCUUGCGAACAUCGUCACAGCAGCGGCGUUCUUCGUGAACUUCUUCGCCGAACCGUUUUGGUUUCUGACGAUUCUCGCAGUUUUGUUUGGUUUCAUGAUGGGUUUUAACAUCCCGACUAUAUUCGUUCUGGUGAAGAAUACGGCUGGGAAGGAGCGCUACGAAACUGGUUUAGCCUUUUUGCAUCUCUGUUAUGGGCUUGCAUUUCCACUCGCUGGUUUUGUUGCAGGAAAGAUCUAUGACGGAACACAGUCUUACAACGCUGCGUUCUGUAUUAUGGGCGGUUUGGCACUUGCUGCGGGUGUCGCUGUGAUUUUGCCGCUCCUGGGCUCAAGAUUCGGCAAGAUAUUGAAGAGAUAUUCAUGUUCAUGUGCCUGAAAUUUGAUGGAUGUCCGCCUGCAGUUUUUAAGUGUCCACCCUUUAUCACGAAGGUGUAAUACACGAUUGUACGCAAAACCCCUGUUUUGUUGGAAACGAGACUUUAAUUGUAUUUAAAGAAGGACAAAUGGGUUUUGGAUAGUACAAAAUUAUGUUAGCCAUUUCAAGAAGGAUCACUGUGAAGGAAUCCCUAUUUUUGGAAGUUGAUAGGCUUUAUAGGCGAACUCAUUUUCAGUAUUUCAAGGUUUCAUGAAAAGGUUAUUUCAAUAGUUCGAUACCGCGGCUUGUCACGAAGAUUUACCCAAAUACUAUGUACUAGUUUUAUAUCACGGCUUAUCACGAAGAUUUACCUAAAUAGUAUGUAAUAGUUUUAUAUCACGGCUUAUCACGAAGAUUUACCUAAAUACUAUGUAAUAGUUUUAUAUCACAGCUUAUCACGAAGAUUUACCUAAAGGCUAUGUAAUAGUUCGAUACCGCGGCUUGUCACGAAGAUUUACCUAAAUACUAUGUAAUAGUUUUAUAUCGCGGCUUGUCACGAAGAUUUACCUAAAUUCUCUGUAAUAGUUUUAUAUCGCGGCUUGUCACGAAGAUUUACCCAAAUACUCUGUAAUAGUUUUAUAUCGCGGCUUGUCACGAAGAUGUACCCAAAUGCUAUGUAAUAGUUUUAUAUCCCCGCUUGUCUGGUAAACGGUACAGUUAUUUGUGUGCCUUAAAAA